GAAAAGGGUACUUUUGAUUAUUUGGAGAAUCUUAAACAAUUAGAUAUCUCAAAUAAUCCGUUAACAUGCGAUUGUAAAUUACUUUGGUUAUUAAAAUGGGCUGAAAAUACAUCGGUAAAAUUAAUGUCGAACCCAAAAUGCGCAUCGCCUGCAGCGAAUAAAGGAAUAUCGAUAAAAAAAUUAAAAAUUGGCGAACACAUUCAUUGUAAAUCCCCGGCACAAGGAAAUCGUGAAAUCCCCAUCGUUGAAAUAACCCCUAAUUAUAGCCAAAUCGUUUUUGAGGGAGAUUCAUUACGAUUAAAUUGUAAAGCUCCGAGUAGUUUAGAAAGUUACGAUAUACAUUUAUCGAAUUUAAAAGAUAAUAUUGAAUGGUUGUGGCUCGAUUUGAAUCCUCGAACGAUUUUCGAUGAUGUUUUAAUAGAAAAUAAAUAUUUAGAAGAUGUUGGAUUGAUUGAUAGCUCGUUGAUUAUAACGAAAUUGAAUCGAAAUCAUAGCGGAAUGUGGAAUUGCGAGUUAAUCUCGAAUAAGCAUCGAUCGAAAAGUGUUAAAAUUAUUGUUAUAUCAAAUGAAACAAAGUUUUGCUCAAGUAUUUUAACAAGUGACAACAAAGGAAGUUAUAUUUGGCCUAAAACUAUCGUAAAUAACACGGUUUCUUUGCCGUGUAAACAAACCCAUUUAUCACUGGAUAUUAAUUUACAAAAAGUGACUUAUUUUUGUGGGGAAAAUGGGAAAUGGAGUGAUUUAAACACAACGAUGUGUAGUUAUAUCUCGGAUACAACACGAAUUUUAGAACAAUUUUCUAAGUUUAGUUUAGCAAUGGGUAAAGGGGGGAUCAUCGAGAGUGCUAAACAUUUUAAAAAUUAUAUUUCUGACUUAAAUCAGUUAAAAGAUGUUGAAGAUUUGAUAUUUAUAAUCAGAACGAUUGAAAGUUAUUCUCAAUUUGUGCCGGAAGAGAACGAAUUGGGGCAAAUUUUAGUGGAAAUUGCAAGCAUGGUGAUGUUUUUGAACGAAACUUUUAUUUCGGAAACUUGUUCUCGAGAUAAUUCUUGUAAUAAGCUUAUUAAAUCAAUUGAAAAUAUCGCUCAAUUUACAACGACAUCGUCUCUUCAUAAAUCGAAUAUAGCUUUAGAGAUAUUUCCCGUUAAACCAACAACCUUCUCAGGAAUGACGUGCACUUGGUAUAUUACCCAUAAUAAUUUAAGGGAAAGAUUAUUUUAUUGCGCAACUACGAAUCAAAUCACUAAAAGUGUUACCCAUGAGAAAAUUGUUGAAGCCUCAAUUCAAGUACCAAUAUUAUUCUUUCAUCAAUUACGUAAUCGAGAGAUUUUACAAGAAACUUUAUCGCAUAAAAUUUUAAUUUCGAUGUUUGGGGACGCUAAAUUCUUUCCCAUUAAGAAUCAAAAUGAAAUUAUUGUUUCUGCUGUUGUUGGAAUUAAAUUAGAUGACGAAAAUCAAAUAGAAAAUUUGACAGACCCGAUUAACAUAAUGUUACGAACCCCAAAAU